CAGCUUGUGGGGAGAGAAAGGCUCUAACUGUAGCAACGUUCUCUGUCGAGAAUGGUGACAGGUCCUGCCUCGAGGCAGGCUUGCUUAGUUGGCCUCUCCAGAGCCUUCCUCUGAGCCCUUCAGUGGCAGGCCUUCAGAUGCUGAGAAUGAACUAGACACAGCCAACUAUGUGCCCUUUUAGGAGCUCCAGCAGAGCCAGAGGCGACAGUGCCACCAGCCGGGAUGACAAAUUGAAGACUUCUCUCAAAGGCGGCGGCUGGCAGCUCCAGCUCGGGCAGCGGCGGCAUCUUCCGGAGUCCCGCGGCGAAGAUGCUCAAAGUCAAGGCGCCCUCCUGUUCCUCCUCGACCUGCUCGGUCAGCGCUAGUACCUCGGGGACUGGGAACGUCGUCCCGGAUUACUGGAUCGACGGCUCUAACCGGGAUGCUCUGACCAAUUUCUUCGACGUGGAGUCAGAGCUGGGACGGGGUGCUACAUCCAUUGUGUACAGAUGCAAACAGAAGGGGACCCAGAAGCCCUAUGCUCUCAAAGUGUUAAAGAAAACAGUGGACAAGAAGAUAGUAAGAACCGAAAUAGGAGUGUUACUGCGCCUCUCGCACCCGAACAUUAUAAAACUUAAGGAAAUAUUUGAAACCCCUGCAGAAAUCAGUCUGGUCCUUGAGCUCGUCACAGGAGGAGAACUGUUUGACAGGAUUGUGGAAAAGGGGUACUACAGCGAGCGAGACGCUGCGGAUGCGGUGAAGCAGAUCCUGGAGGCGGUUGCUUACCUUCAUGAAAAUGGGAUUGUCCAUCGUGAUCUCAAACCAGAGAACCUUCUCUAUGCGACGCCAGCCCCAGACGCACCACUCAAAAUUGCUGAUUUUGGACUCUCUAAAAUCGUGGAACACCAAGUGCUCAUGAAGACCGUGUGUGGAACCCCGGGGUACUGCGCACCUGAGAUUCUCCGGGGCUGUGCCUAUGGACCUGAGGUGGACAUGUGGUCUGUAGGAAUAAUCACCUAUAUCUUACUUUGUGGAUUUGAACCAUUCUAUGAUGAAAGAGGUGAUCAGUUCAUGUUCAGGAGAAUUCUGAAUUGUGAAUAUUACUUUAUAUCCCCCUGGUGGGAUGAAGUAUCUUUAAAUGCCAAGGACUUGGUCAGAAAACUAAUUGUGUUGGAUCCCAAGAAACGGCUGACUACAUUCCAGGCCCUCCAGCAUCCUUGGGUCACAGGGAAAGCAGCCAACUUUGUCCACAUGGACACUGCUCAGAAGAAGCUCCAGGAAUUCAAUGCUCGGCGCAAGCUUAAGGCAGCAGUGAAGGCUGUGGUGGCCUCCUCUCGGCUGGGAAGCGCCAGCAGCAGCCACACCAACAUCCAGGAGGGCCAGAAGGGCAGCCCAGAUUCAUCUCCAUCCCAAGAUGUCAAGGACAGCACAACACUUCCAGAAAAGGAAAGGCAAGAAGAGGCCCAACGGGCAGAUGAGGUUACUGAGGGUGAGAUGAAGCAGCCGUCCACGGAGCAGGAGAAAGAUGCAGAUGUAGAAGAGGUGGAAGUCACCUUGAUAGUGCCUCCAGUCCCAGAGUAUGAGAUGAAGACGGAUGACCCAGAGGCAAUGAGGAGCUCCGAGGAGAACCUCCAGACUUUCGAUGAAGAAACAGAUCCCACCGAUGAGGAGGAAGACCCUGCUGAGGGGCUUGGGGUCUCAAAGCAGAAUGUGAAUCUGCCAGAGUACUAAGCUGCCGUCCUUUAGGUCCAGAGACCAACCCCAGCAUUUUAUGUACUUUUCAGCCAGGAAGGUGGGAAAGCAUGAUACGCACGAUAGUGAUUCUGUUUUGAGGUGCAAAAACCCCCCAUAUAUACCAGUUGGUAAUCCUAACUUCAGUGCAUGUGUUUGCUUUAUGAAAUAAUGGUGUUUUCUGCGGCAUGUAGUGGAUACCUGAUACCAAUGAGUUAAAACUGACAUACCCAGCAAAGAACACAACACUUAAACACCAACACUCUUAGCCGUUGGUGGCGCGUAUUUGAGGCACAGUGGCAAACUGACUUUUCUUUGAGAGCUUAGGCAUCCUACACCCUCAAAAGUCUUUAAAGAUGGUAAUUCCUUUGAACUCAGCUGAAACCAGCUAGAGUUACAAGGCACUUCCCCCAUGACUUUCCAGACACUUUCAGUGGGUUUGGCUGGGUAGAGGGGGUGAUUAUAAAAGACACGUGUGGAGUGUGCAAAAACAUCCACAGUGUUGAGAAGCUGAAGCAUUCUUACAAGGCCCUGAGUCCAUAGCCCCCUCAAGUGUAUGCAGAGAAUGUCACAUUUUGUUCUUAAGAACACUACUUAAGAAUACUUAUAAUGUUCAUCAUAAAAUUCUACCAGUUCACAAUUCUUGGGAAGUUAUUCCUUAAACUGUGCUGUUCCAUUCUUUUACCCCACUUUUCAAAUAAAAUGCUCCUUUAGAUAUAUAAAAACCUAGGUAAGAAUAAAGAAAUUGAAGUAAAAUGAGAUAUAAUUAGGAGUCAGAUGUACCAAGAUUAAUUCCUUUUUCAUUUCUCACAUAAAUUUGCAUUUGUAGGCUUGUAUACAAUAUUUCACAAUAAGAACAAUUUCGGGGAAUACAUUCUGCAAGUAACAAGUUUCAAGUUCUGGAAAAGUCCACUGCACAAACUGAUGCCAAAUGUCCAAACACAACAUAUUCCAUUAUUAGAGCACUUAGUAUUGAUAUUGUUAAAGAAAUGUUUGCAGAAAAAUUUACCCCUCCAACUAUGUUCAUGAGUUUAAAAUUCACUAUGAAAACUAGUAUCUUUUCCCAACAGAAGGGUCCACAUUUUAUAAUGUUGAAACUGCAUGUCAAGAAACUUAGAAUAGGGUGAACUUUUAUUUACCUUAAAAAGCAAAUAACAAAAAUAAAGUGAAAACACAUCUUAAACCAGACCUCAGGAAAGGUAAAGCAUUAGACCUUAAUUAGCACGAUUAUUUUUCUCAGAAUAAAAGUUUUUCUUUGGUUCAUAGAAAUUACACUAAAUCCAGUAUCUCAAAUUUCUUGUGUGAAAUUGUGCGCUUUAUCAAUAAUUAUUUUACAUUUUUAGUGGGUUUACUUAAUUUUAAAAAGUAUUACUUUCAAAAUCCAAAAUGAGGGCAAUAAAAAUGAACAGCACAGAAUUUUUUUUCAUUAAAAUAAUGACAAUUUAGCUGUGAGAUGGUGAUGCAUGCCUUUAAUCCUGGCACUUGGGGGGCAAAGGAAGGCAGCUCUCUGAGUUCGAGGCUAGCCUGGUCUACAUAAUGAGGACAGCCAAGGCUCCACUGAGAAAUCCUUUCUCAUAAAAAAAAAUAAUGAUAACUAAAUUUGUCCUGACUCAUAUACCAACAGUUACACUGGGAAACUGUUAGAUCUGGGGUUUCUCCAGGAUGUUAGGGGCAUCAGCGUUUCAGUAUGUCAAGCACAAACUUCCAGCUCUCUGGAAGGGGGAGACCAUGUGGUACUUCCUGUAUUCUGCAAUUUAGAUCCUUGAAGGGUAGUUGACUUGGAGCUCAUCAUCUGACUUGGGCAAUUAUUUUUCAAUUGAUUUUAAUUAACAGUGUUUAUGCUCUUAUUUUCCUUCUUUGCUCAUUAAUUAUUCCCUCGCAGAGCUCUUAUUGUGAGUGUUACAAAGGGCUCACUAUUUUUAACCUUCAAGAAUGCUUUCUUAAGAUUUCCAUUUAAGAUGAGCAAUCCCCUUAUGUAAUUUUCCUCAUCAGACUUAACAUACAUAUGGUAUGUGUCCCAUACGUGGGAAGAGCAGAGAAGACUAAGGGGUCUUGUUAGGAGGUGGCAAUUAAAUUAGAAUAUCAGAACAUAUCACUCAAAGCUAGCCCAGGUUACUUCGUUCUAACCUGGGCUGUGUGCCUUGAAUGACCCCGGGAGCUUCAGGAAAAGCAUUAGAAAUGCCAAGGCCUCGUGUAUUUUGGAAUUUGGUCACUUUAGUGACCCCCCUCACCACUCCUUGGUGAUAAGAGUUUUAGAAUAAUACCCUCUUUUUAUAACCUAUACACUGCAUUAGCUAAACAUCUCUAGCAGCUUUCAGUUGUAACCUAUAUGCUAAAGAUUAAGUUCUGAUAAUUAUUUUUUACAAAGGAUUAAGUCCUUUUACUGGAAAAUAAGUCAAACAUUUCAGUCAGAUCAAAGAUCUAACAGAAAUACCAUCUAGAAAACUUAUCUUACCAUUUUAAGAGUAAGCAUUUAGAUUGUUUGUUAAAUUAAUUAUAUCAGUCUAUUUCAAAGAUUACUUAAACUGAAGGAAGACGAUUUUAAUUUGAAAGAAUACAUCUAAAAUUACUAUUAACUGGUAAUGUAGUCACAAAACAAAAAUUUCAAAAUUUCAGCAAAUAAUAAAAUUUGCAUUUAGGAGAUGACAAUUACAAGGUGGUGGUGGCAAAUGCCUUUAAUCCCAGCACUCGAGAGGCAGAGGCAGGUGGAUCUCUGAGCCCAAAGCCAGCCAGGUCUACAGAGUGAGCUCCAGGAUAGCCAGGGCUAACAGAGGAACCUUGUCUCAAAAAGCUGAAAAUGGUGAGAGAGGGAGGACAGUUACAUUCAUUAUUUUUUUUGUUUGUUUGUUUUUAUUUCAAGAUCAGGCACUUAGCUUAACUAGGUUAUUUUUACCAGAAAGGACAAUCUGCAAUUAUUUUCCCCAUUGAGAAAGUCCAACUGUGAUUCCAGUGUGUUUCCUAAACUGUUAGCCCUUUUGCCACAACAGCACAUAAAUAAGAUAGAGAUUAGAAUAGAAUGGCUACAAAGUUAUCAUCUGGAACAAGUUUAAUAAAUAUAAGCUGCACGUGUAAAUUUUAUUUUCUGAGACCAAGUUUUAUUAUGUAUCCCAGGCUGGACUUGAGCCCACUAUGUAGCCCAGACUGACCACAAACUCACAGUGAUGCUCCUGCCUCAGCUUCCUAUGAUCUGGGGUUAAUAGGCACGUGCCACCACUCCCACAGCCAUACAUGCACCUUAAAAAUUUUUAUUAGCCACAUUCUGAAAAGAAAAUAUGAAAUUAAUGAUGGUACGUUUUAACCCAGUAUACACAAAUUAUUACAUCAACAUUGAGGAUAUAAUUUGAAUCACUUUUAUACUGUUUCUAAAUUAGCAGUCUUAAGUGUGUUUACAGUAGGUGGUCAGGAGCCAACAUCAGGCCAGUGGCUCCCAUGGCAAGACACUCUGGUCCAGUGUAGAACACUUUUCUUUUGGGCAAAGUGAGACUCGAGUUUCUACAUCGGUAAGUUGGAGGGCAGCUCAGAUGCAAAUGUUACGGAUGUAGACACAGAAACACCAGCUACUCCUGAACGUGCAUUGUCUCGGGGAAGUGUUCUGCAAUAUAGCAUCAAAGCAGCACUUCCGAGGCACUGUCAAAAUGUGUGUGUGCUGCUCAGAGUCCAGCUUUAUCCCCGCUGGGCUCUGGAAACCUGGCUGCAUCCAGUUUCCUGAUUACUGCCAUAGAGCCAACAGUAUUCCCACUGGGCAGAAGCUACUCUGGUCUGGGCCCACCAUGUGUCGCCACUGAGCAGCCUGCACACAGAAUCCAGGCUCUGCAUCCUGGACUGAGCUGGGCAGCCUCCGCAUGUUGCGAUCUUUCCAGAAGCCUCCUGGAAAAUACGCUUUUGCGUGAUGAUGGCGGUGAAAUGCCAGAUACCCACAAAAUGGGAAUACGAUAUGGUGCUUGCAGAGUUUCAUAGAAGGACCUGGUCAACACUGCCACCACACAGACUCUUUUAAUAGACUUUUGCAAUUUUUUUACAUACUGAUUUUAGAAUAAUGUUCUACAGUCAUUUUCAGAGGCAGAUUUAUAAAGAAAGAAGCAGCUUGCCUUUUAAAGAGACCUCUAGGGGCUGGAGAGAUGGCAAAGAGGUUAAGAACACUGGCUGUUCUUCCCAAGGUCCUGAGUUCAAUUCCCAGCAACCACAUGGUGGCUCAUAACCAUCUAUAAUGAGAUCUGGUGCCUUCUUCUGGCCUGUAGGCACACAUGCAGGCAGAAUACUGUAUAAAUAAUAAAAAUAAAUAAAUCUUAAAGAGACCUCUAUUACAUCCCCCAUUUUGACAUUUUGUAAGGUAAAAUGUUCAGCAUUUUUUUUAUUGGCUAUUUCCUGUACCAUACGCAAGGUUGCAAAUUGUGAGCUGCCUACAGGUUGAAGUUUGGAGAGAGCCAUUUGCUUUGUGAUUCGAUUUUUAUUCCACAGAAGCAGCUGGUUGCAUUCCAAAUUUGAAAAAGAAAAAAAAAUGCCAGAAAAGACAAUGCACUUCUGCCUUAGGGUUGUUCUUACAAAGUAAAGUAAAAAAUAAUUUAAAAAGAGGUCAUCAAAAUGAAUUAGCACAAGGCUCAUACACAACACAGUCAAUAGCAUAAUUAUAAAUUAUGAUGCCAUUGUGUAAUCUGCUUGUCAUCACAGAAUAUUCAGUCUGGUUAUCUAGGUUUGCUUGAGACAGCACAAAGUUUCCAGACAUUACUUAUGUAAUGAGAUUUUGUAAUAUCUUUAUAAUUACUGUCCAUUAGGUCAUACUCCAAUUUCCUUAUUGUUUAUCACUGAUACAUUACUUAGAUCAGGAUCAUUGCUGACAUUUGAGCACUUACCAGUUGAAUGCUGGUGAAGAUUAGACUGUGUCCACAGUGUUUGUUUGUUUUUAAUAUACAAAUAUAAUUUUAUGUUGGUGUUUAUAGCCACACGAUGAAAAUGUACAAAAUUUUCUACUUCGAAAUUUUAAGACAUUUUACUUUCUUAUCAAAAGGUGGCUCUCUCGUUUCUUGAAAGUGAAGGUAGGGUAGAGGGAGGAAGAAGGGGGAAAAGGGAGGAGGAUGGGAGGGAGAGAGAGAGUGGGGCGGGGACACACAUGAUAGUUAAGACAUCCAAUGAAAUGGUUAGACAUGUAAUGAUAAGGAAGAUCACAUUUCUUCUUUCCAUCUAAGGAUAAGCUUCUGACUCUUCAGGAAUAUCACCUGAGAUCAAAUAAUGUAGACCCAGUCCAAUCUUUUUUUACUUCCCUUGGAAAAGAGUAGCAAACAAUUUAUGAUUGGUUAAAAUCAAUUUUCAUAAACUAUCUGUGAUGUAUUCAGAAAGGUUUGACUCAAUCUGUUCCCAGGCACAUCUAGUCCAGAAGUCCACUUAGGGCAAGAUCACAACCUUGCCAUGAAACCAUCUGACAGCUUUUGCAGGAAUCAGCUUCAAAGAAGAUUCCCCAGCAUCUGAAGUAGUUAGACUCAAAGUACAGAUCUCGUCCCAGGCUCUGAAGGUCAGAAUGUCUCCAAAUACUGUAUUGUUCUUGGUCACUGAUGGGAAAACAGGAUUCUGACAAUCAAGUUUCUUCGAAUUGGCUUACCCCAACUUGUCCAAAGCCAGUGUUUUGUUUUAUCUGUCCUCACAGCAGCCCCCACUUCGAAAAUGUGAGAUCCUCUAAAAUUCUGGCAGGAACAUUUCAGACUAGCUAGAUUAACAGAUUUUUGUUGCCCAAGAGUUCAGAUGAAGCACUAGUGAGCAAUUCUAAGAAUGUAGAAUCACUUUGCUCAUAAUUGUUUUCAAUGUAUUCUGAAGAUUGACCUGAAAGACCCAGAGAUACAGAUAUUUAUAUCCAAUCUGACCUUUGCUUUGAUUCAUUGCAUUGAAAAUGAAAGAUAUUUAAUCUUCAGUUGAAUGAAUAAUCGUAUUUUCCAUCUAAAAGAUUACUUCAAGAUACUCAAAUAGAAUAGACUUUACCUUAAAAAAAAAAAAAACUGUUUUCUGAAGCUAUCUCCAAAUUCUGUUAUGGAUGAUAAAAAUCUUCUAGAUGUGUCCUUUCUUUGAAACACAGAUAACUAUAUUUUACAUAUGACACAAGUAUGGCCAUAAUUUGAAAAUUAUCAUCUCCUACGUGCCUCCAUUUAACCUGACCUGUUUUAUAUGCCUGGCUAGCUAACUGUAUUUUAGUGUAACUAGUAUACAAUUGUAUAGGUUACUAAUUAGAAUACUUGUGGUUGAUGCCUUUUGUGGUCAAUGCAUUCAUGGUUUUAGUAAUAUUUUUAUGAUCUUUAUGAGCAUCCAUAAGCCGGAAGGUGUCUAACAUCUAACUUCUUAAGUUCUUUGGCAUAGAAGUAGCCUGUCAUUCAAGAUCUAAGAGAUAUUGCUGUUUGCCUUAAAGUCUGUAAAUAUGAGUUUGGUGAGUGGGACCAGUGACAAAUCCAGUGAGUGAAAGUUACAAACAAAAUGGUUUUUCAGACUGAUGUUUUAAGUUAAUAAUACUACCAGUUUGUAUUUUAAUAAUUUAUCUCUCUGGCCAUUGAGGCACAUGUAUGUUCUAGUUUCUUUGAGGUGAUAAACAUCAUGACCAAAAACGGGAGAGGAAGGGGUCUGCAUUAUCUUAGAUGUUCCAGGAACUCAGGGCAGGCAGCCGGAGGCAGAACGCAGCGCAGAAAUCAUGCAGGGACACUCACUGAUUACUGGCUUGCUUCCCAGUUUGCUUGGCUCUUCCACCCAGGGACCCCGGCCUCCCGAUGGCACUGCCCACAGUGGGCUGCGCCCUCGUACAUCAAUCAAGGAAAUGCCAAACCGAAAAGCGCAAAGGUCAGGCUGAUCAAGGCAGUCAAUAACCGACAUUCCCUCGCCAUCACUCCGGGGUAUAUCAGGUUGACACCUGAGGCUAAGGAAGACAUAGAGAGCUAACAUACAUGUAAACACUUUCCCCAUACAGUUCCCCAAGGAACUACAUUUAACCCUCCAUAAAAAUGGUUUUCAGUACUCAGGCAAGCCAUGACUUAACGGACAAAUCUUAAUUAAGGACUUAAGAUUACUCUUAAUUAAACCAUUUUGAUUGUAAUGAUCAGACUCACAUUUGCUUUUGGCUUUUGAUUUUGUUUUUUGACUAUUUCUAAUCUACUAGAACAGCGCUGAGUAUCUGCGAUUAGAAACACACAAUCUACAUCACCCAGAAUGUCUAUCUGGCCCUUUAUGGGGGUGGGGGGAAGACAACUCAGAUAUUCAUUGUACCUUGUGCUUUGUGAUGAUCUUUAGGAAUUAAAAAAAAAAAAAAAAAAAAAAAAAAACCUAAGGUUUUUGCCUUAGUUAGGCUAUUUCUCUUAUUUACUUCUUAGGAUUUAAGUGAGCUUUGUUUCGUCUUGCAAACGGUUUCACAACAAUUGUGCAGGAGGUAAAAUUAAAAUUUUCAGGUAGAACAGAAAUGCAAAAUUACUUCAUUUCGUAAGAAGGAAAUUAGCGUGACUUGAGUUAGAAGUGGAAGUUUAGAUUUCUAGUUGUUUGAACAUGUUUUAGAAACUAAAAACAAUGUGAAUUAAACAUAGAAAUGUUUAUUCGUAUUUCAGUCAAACUGAAGUCCUGCUCCUUAGCAAGCUAUGGAAUGCGUACCUUCUGUUUCUAAAUCUCUUGGAAUGCAGUGAAGUAAUUCCUAGCCAUAGGAUUUUCAUUAACAUUUAGGAAAUGGUGUGUUAUUCUAUGAAAAUGACUUGCUCACCAACAUUUCUGGAGAACACAACCAACUUUAUUUAUUUUUAUUUAUUUUGCCUGUGUCACUCUCGAAGUCCUUUAUCGUACAAUGCCAUCUGUUUCCAAGGGGUGGGGUGGGUUGGGGGCAAAAAGACCAACAGGUACACAGAGAAACAGAUAAAUAUGCCAAGCUUUUUUUCCCCUCCUUUUUUAAAUCAGGCAUGUAUAAGCAAGAAAGCAUACAUUAAUUACAUGAAAAUAGCUCUCAGGUAGCAGGCUAAGCCAUCAUAUUGUCAUUAGCAGCAGCUUACGACUGGAGGGUACAGGGUCUUGGGCAGUUAUGAAAGUGUCGUCUUGAGCCAGCUUUAUUUUUUAAAAGCUACUUUCCUCUACCCAUGUUUUUCUGAGAAUUGUACAUUUCAUGUGAAAGGAGCCUUCAGUACAUACUUCUGCCUAGAAAAAUUACCCAUUCCAAAAUAUCUAUCUGCUUUGAGGAAACUAAGUAACCCAGUUAUUGAGGGAAAUUUAGACAUUUGUGACUUUUGUUUCAGUUUGACCUUCAACAUUUGUAACCCCAAAGGUCACAAACGAGAUACUGAGUAGGAAGCCAUUAUUAGACUGUCAUUGGGGAUAUCUACAAUUGCUGUACGACUGAAUGCCAUUCUCUUUUCUUUAAAUGGUUGCAGCGAUCAGUAAGAUGAUAUAGCCACUGGGACAUUACAGAAUAUGGGGAAAAAAGACACGAAUCACCCUCGGAGCCCUGGUGGUUAGACUGCAGGAACCAGAGAGGGAGAAGGUGACAUAGUAUUAGGACUCCACAUUCCUAUCUGCCAGUCUUCUGGGAUGGCUCAGAGUUUGAAGGUCAUUAUUGAUAAACGUAAAACUUUAAAAUGAGUAGAUCAAAAUCAAUAGCUACUUUUCCUUUUAGAAAUUAAACAGCACGACUUAGAGGAUAUUUGGCCUAUGUGGAAAGCAAACUUUAAGGACAUGAUUCACUAACAGCAAAAGCUUCCCAGAAAUAGCCCAUUCCAAGGACUCUUUUCCCAUUGUAAAUUUUCACUGGUGAGCCAUCACUCACAAUAGAGGAAUAAGAAAUUAAUUAAGCCCAGGGCUGCCCUUCAGGGGUAUACUCCUUACUUGGAAAGGAAAAAUAGUCACACAGAGCCUGGACUGAACACCUCCUGCAGAGGGGAAGCAUUCCAGUGUAGGAAAGCAGAAAACGGUCUCGUGCCAAGAAUGUGCAAGGAAAGCUUCAUGGGAACACAACUAAUUUUGAAGGAUGGGCCGAUGUUUACAGGUGUGGAGAAAGAGGAUGUGUCAGUCUAAGGAAUGGCUGGCUGGGGUGGUGACUCAGACAUGGAGGAGGAGAGGAUUAUCACUCCAUGAGAAAGGCUGAAACCCAGCGAAGUGCUGUGGAACAGUCUUAGUUCUCAACAACUGAGUUCCCGGCUUUCUCACCCGGGACAGAUGCAGGAGAGGCUCUUCUUGAGAGCCUCGAUCCCCGCUGCCUGGCUAGCCUCCUAGUACAUAUCUAGGAGGAUAAAAAUCAUCCAAAAUGAGGACGUGUUCGCAACUCCACAGCUAAUCUUCAGACCUCAAGCUGAUCCUGCCAGGUUCUUAAUUCUUCACUCUCUUUUGUUCAGUGUAUACAAUCUAUUAAUUUAUAAUUAAAAAGUAUUUAAUUAUAAUUAAAAGUAAUUGUUUAUAAUUAAAAUUAAUUUAUAAUUAAAAAUCUAAAGAAUUUAUUAUCAUAUCUCUUGUUGGAGGCACCAUUUUUCCAUCAAUCUUCAAGAUAUUUGUUUUUUUAAAUUACCCAUUAGAAUUAGAUUGCAUGUUACCCUGACUUGUACAUCUUUGCUUAUUUCUGGUAGUGUCUGUGGACAGUGGAAGGCUACAUGACUCCAGAAUGAAUGAAUGAGUAGAGACUGAGACAAAGACUAUUGUCUCGGUUGAGAGGGAAUAAUGUCACCAAGUAAAGAAACUGUUAGGGCGGAAACACAUACUAGUGGACACUGAGAAGGGAAGACGGCUAUGAGGUGUUCUCAGGAUUAGAUGGCAUCAUCUGGGAUUUUCUUGUUGAGAUUUUCUCAAAUAUGAAAUUUGCAUCAAUGGGUUGUUGAAAGCUUUUUGGAUUAAUGGGACAUAAGUCACUGCAAUAACAACAAGGAAGAGUAGAGAACAGCAUUGUAUGCAAGAAACGCAGUCUAGAUAGUACAGAUCCAAAGUCUAGAUCACAAGUCUUUAACCUAAGAGCUUGUAUGGAUUGGAGAAAGUAUAAAUACCUUAAUUUACACAGCUAAGAUUAUGGUUGGCUUUUUAACUUUCUAAUAAAAUGAACUAAAAAGGA